UAGCGGCGAUAAGGAAAUUAUUCCCGUUCAAAGUUGUCGAUUUUCGCACCUGAUUAAAACCAAUCAAGGCAACUUCCGGUUGUACUAUUAUUAGCAAAAUACUUGCGUGACGUCACUUUACAUCAGCUUUGAAAUGGCAACUGUAAACGAUAACAGCGUAACCUCGGAUUCUUCGUCGGAUAUUGACCUACACAUGUCAUUUGAGAUAUCAUCCUUCGAAGAAGAACACGAGGAACAUCAGCAGGACAUAGUCCCAUAUCGGUUUGAACCUGAAGCGACUGAUCUUAGCGAAUCGGAUGGUUCAAGCGAAGACGAAGUCGACGACCAGCACAGACUAGAAAAUACAGAUUGGUGCAAUUGUGGAUCAUGCACACCCAUGCCCACAGCAUUAGAAAGCAAAUGCUGCUCUGAAAUUCCACAGAUUGUCGAGAAAAUUGAGUCUUAUAGUGAUGAUUUAACCUGCAUUACAAGACAUCCUGGAUUCCAGACUGUUUGUCUAGACGUCUUUGUCCUGGAGACUGCAUACUACCAGUAUCGUUCUCAGUAUGGAGAUAUACAGAACAGCAUGAAUGAGAGAAACAGAUAUACCGCAUAUCGUCAACUAGCUCGUUGGUGUUGGGGCUACUUAGGAAAGAGUGUUCGAGUUCCCCUCCCCUCCUGUGCAGUAACAAAGAUCCGUGAGACAUUCAGCUCAGAGGAGUAUCACGGAUAUCAAGACCCAGAAUGA